AAAGUAAAUUUGGAGAGGGGAUGUAACUAGGAGAGUGUAGAAGGUAGAAGUGUCAGUGUGAUGCGGAGUGAGGUUAAAAGUUCAGUUAACAAAGCGUGUAAACAGUCGAAAGUAAAUAUAAAUUUAAUUAUUUAAUAAUUAAAACAAUACUGAGUUUAUAAUUACUAGUAAAAAUAUUAUUUGCUCAUAUUUUUUUACCCAAUUAAUGAUUUUUCGAAGUGUCAAAAGAUUUAACAAAUCAAUACUUCUGACGAGUUUAAAUUUAGAGUUACAAUAAAUAUAUGUUUUAAAGCUGUCAAUCUGACAUACGGGACUCUGAUACAUGACAGCUUGAAAUAGUGAAAGAAAAAUGUCGCAAGAAAAGUCUGAUUACUUUUCAAAUGUUUCGAAUAUUUAUUUCCCACGAGUUGUCUUAGAAAAAAUAGACAUUCCAGAAAAUAGUAUAAUUAUUUCAACAAUCAUCGAAAAUCCUUUGACUGAGGAACCUGCUGCCCAAUCAUCAGAUUUUAUCAAUAAUGAUUACAAUGUUUUGAAUCUAGAUGAUGAAGUCUGCUACAAGAUUCAUAGCAUUGAAUAUAUUUGUCAGGAUUGUUAUAAAUCCUUUAGUUCAGCUGAGCUGCACAAAAACCACGUGCUGUCUUGUCACACUGCAGGAAAUCGUCUCUUGAAUAUUCCGAUAGAAUAUCUUCCUGUUGUGCGGCUCAACAGAAUUGACAUACCUGAAAAAAAAGUAAAGGUUAAAAUAAACAGAAGCAAAUGUCCUGCGAUCACUAAAUCAGCUCCAAAGAAAUGCGGGAGUCAAAGUAAAUCUAAACGCAGGGAUAAGAAGAUUAAUAAAUCUUGUAAUUCAUCAAGCAAAUACUUGAAAGUGUGACGACAAUACCAGGGCAGUGGAGUAACAUCUGACAUGCAAGUAUGACAUUGCGGGAUUCAAUUUCAUGCAUAGGCUGGAUACUGGCAAUUAUUUGCCAGCAGUAUAAAAAUUUUGACACCAGCACCAAUCGAUAUUAAUAUAACUAUUUAAAAUAUAUUGGUUUUCAGUGUUUACUAUAUAUAUUAUAUAUAUACAUUUAAAUAAUAAUUAUUAUCUUUAAUUUAGCAAUUUUUUUUCAA